AUGGACUAUCUUAUGACCACCAGAGAAAGUGGAUUUGACUUAGAAUCCACUAUCGACUACUUCUGCCAAGCCAUACACCCAGAAAUUCUCAAACAGAUCUACAGACUGCCAGAAAUGCUGACCACCAUGAACGACUGGGUAAAAUACACCAGAAGAUUUGAUAACCAAUGGAGGGAACUUCAGAGCAUAAAAAGCUCGGUCCAUAUCACUGUACCCCAUCGUAACAACCCCUUCCAAUAUGACUCUUCAAAUGCCCCUGCCUCCAUGAACAACUUAGUUGUACCCAUGGCCAUAGAUGCUGUUCACACCCUUCUCUCCAAUGAUGAACGUGCCAGACUACAUGCAGAGGGGUAUAUGAAGGGGGAACUGGACAUGUUUAACCGAGUAGUGGAAAAGUGGGGAACCGCCUAG